UUGGUCUGAAAGCUUUUAUAAAUCGAGUCCUUUAUUUUAAGACAGCCUCCUCGGACGGCAAACUUGUUUUGUAUUAAGUUACAAGGAAUAAUACAAUAACAUGGCGAAUGCAGUACUGUGGAUUUACUCCUUUCUCUUACUUCUUAUCAGUGACUUAAUCCAUGGACAGAUUAUAACAGAUACAACAGUCUUCACAUCCACUUCAGAGACAACAAGCACAGCAGCACCAACAACCACAGGAAUCUUCACUCCAUCAUCAAUCACUCCAACAUCAAUGAGUGACUCCACAACCUUACCAACAAUAGUUGUCAAUUCCACAAUACCAGAAACUAGAACAAACAGCACAGCCGAGUCAACAUCUUCAGGAAGUUCCAAUCAAACAUCAACAAGCGAAUCUACAGCUGCAGCCUCAACAACAAUGAUCACCUCAAUGUCAGCAGCAAGCACUGAAACUACAGCUCUUAGAAUAAAUCCUAAAACUGAGACAUCUACAACGCGUCUACAAUCAACAACUACCACACCAAUCCUCACAACCACUUCAGGAACGACAAGCACAGUGAUACCAACAGCUACUGACACCUCCACUCAACCACUAACAGGUGAAUCCACAACAUCUGCAACAAUGGCUGUCAGUUCCAUGCUAACAGAACUUGGAACAAGCAGUACAGCUGAGUCAACAUCAACAGGAAGCAUCGAUCAAACAUCAACAAGUGAAUCUCCAGAUGUAGCCUUAACAACAACAAUGACCUCAAUAUCAUCAGCAAGCACUACAACGAUGGCUUCUGGAAUAAAUCCUAAUACUGAGACAUCUACAGCACCUUCACAAUCGUCAGCUACCACACCAAUCUUCACAACUACUUUGGGAACAACAAGCACAGUGAUAUCAACAGCUACUGACACCCCCACUCAACCAUUAACAGGCGAAUCCACAACAUCCACAACCGCUGUCAGGUCCACAACAAUGGAAUUUGACAUCGAUGAAUGUGCAACCAAUGCACAUUCCUGCGAGCAAACCUGCAUCAACACAAUUGGAAGCUACAUGUGCGGUUGUAAGCCUGGUUUCACUGUCAACCGAGACAACAGCUCCCUUUGUGAUGAUAUUGAUGAAUGUGCAAGCAACCUAUAUUACUGUCACCAAAUCUGCAUGAACACAAUCGGAAGCUACAUGUGCAGUUGUCUGCCUGGCUUCACUGUCCACAGAGAAUACAACGGCUAUUGCAAUGACAUUGAUGAAUGUGCAACCAACACAUCAGACUGUCAACAAAUUUGCACCAACACAAUUGGAAGCUUCAUGUGCAGUUGUAAUCCAGGCUUCAGCAUCAACGUGACAAAUAGUUCAGUUUGUGAUGACAUUGAUGAAUGUGCAACCAACACAUCGAACUGUCAACAAAUCUGCAUCAACACAAUUGGAAGCUUCGUGUGCAGUUGUAACCCUGGCUUCAGCAGAAACGUGAACAAACCUUCAGUUUGUGAUGACAUUGAUGAAUGUGCAACCAACACAUCGAACUGUCAACAAAUCUGCACCAACACAAUUGGAAGCUUCCUGUGCAGUUGUAAACCAGGCUUCAGCAGAAACGUGAACAACCCUUCAAUUUGUGAUGACAUCGAUGAGUGUGCAACCAACACAUCAAACUGUCAACAAAUCUGCACCAACAGAAUUGGAAACUUCAUGUGCAGUUGUAAUCCAGGCUUCAGCAUCAACGUGACCAAUAGUUCAGUUUGUGAUGACAUUGAUGAAUGUGCAACCAACACAUCGAACUGUCAACAAAUCUGCACCAACACAAUUGGUAGCUUCGUGUGCAGAUGUAACCCUGGCUUCAGCAGCAAUUUGAACAACGCUUCAAUUUGUGAUGACAUCGAUGAAUGCGCAACCAACACAUCGAACUGUCAACAAAUUUGCACCAAUACAAUUGGAAGAUUCAUGUGCAGUUGUAAUCCAGGCUUCAGCAUCAACGUGAACAAUACUUCAGUUUGUAAUGACAUCGAUGAAUGUGCAACCAAUACAUCAAACUGUCAACAAAUCUGCACCAACACAAUUGGAAGCUUCAUGUGCAGUUGUAAUCCAGGCUUCAGCAUCAAUAUGAACAAUCCUUCAGUUUGUGAUGACAUUGAUGAAUGUGCAACUGACACAUCAAAAUGUCAACAAAUCUGCACCAACACGAUUGGAAGCUUCAUCUGCAGUUGUAAUCCAGGCUUCAACAUCAAUGUGUCCAAUACUUCGCUUUGUGAUGAUAUCGAUGAAUGCGCAAACAGAUCAACUUGUCAACAAAAUUGCAAAAAUACAAUUGGAAGUUUUGAAUGCAGCUGUGAUGAUUUCUUCAGCAUCAACAAAGACAAUUCAUCGUGUGAUGCACAACGUAAAGUUAUCCUAAGAUAUACAGUCACAAGUGAAGAUCUGAAUUUGGCUGAUCAACAAAUAAGAGAGAAAACUAUUCAAAACCUUCAAUUUGAAGCCCUUCGGGUUCUUCGGAUACAUGAAAGCAGGUAAUUAAAAACAGAAGAAGCACAGAAUAGAGAAAGAUUUUCAUCUUCGUGAAAUUUCUAAUGCAUACUAUAAUACUUGAUACCUCAAGCUGAAUGGUAGUGUAUAAUAUUUGUUAUUCUAAAAUAAAAGAAUUUGAUAGUAAGUUAAUUUGGAUUCUGUUCCUAUCUUCUGCCCAUAUUCUUCUUAUAAAAUUACUAAUUGAUCAAUAUUUAUUGAAAUUUUAUCACAACAGAUGGGUUUACAUUUCCCCCAUUUAGGUACAUGCAACUGAUUAAAACUGAUUAUACCUUUAACUAAAAUUAGAGCCCAAAUAUUUGAAGGCUGCGCCACACAAUUUUAUUGCAGGUAACCAGAAAGACAAGAACAACCUACGACCAUUACAGCUCUUCAACUUAAUAAAGUGUUGGCACGUCAAUUUUGUUUUCAUUAAAACCAAUUGGAAUUAAAUUUAGAUGGUUUCUCUAAUGGGCAUCUGAUUGGCAGUUUGCAUUCAUGCCUGGGCAUAAUCUAUCCACUGAGAUUAAACAAUACGAAUCUAAAGUAUUGUUAAUUUAUUCAGGAAUAUUGAGAAGUAUUUAAGGAACUCUUGCAAAAUUCUAUCUAAUCUGCUGGAGAUGCUAUGAUUGCUGCUGGAAUUAUGAGCAUUUCAAAUGUCAACGCCUAAUUAAAUGCUUCUGAAAUUCCAGGCAAAUUGUACCUUAAAAGGUAUUUUCCAUUAAAUUGUUAUACUUAUUCAUAAAGGCUGCAAUACCAAUGAUUGGAUUGAACUUGAUACAUUGACAUGAAACAUUUUGAAAUCACAUUUCCAGUCUUAGCUAUUGACAUACAUUGCAUAUUCAACUGCAUGAUUCAGUCUUCUGCUAUGCCCAACUCUGUGCUGUGAGUACUGAUGGAACAUGAUCCCAUAAUGGAUUGGAAUAAAUUAUUAUUCCUGAAUAGAAUAAUAAAUUGAACAUUUUGUACUUGUAAAAAAGGAGUGUGUAGUAUCCAGAUAUUAGUUCUCUGGUGUUUAAAGGUUCUGAUGGAGAUUGUACAAAAUUGUACUAAAAUCCUUGAGAUUCACUGCCUAAAUUAAUUACAGCUGGUGGUAGCUUACCUGGAAAACAAAACAGGUAUGUCUUGCACAAAUGUUGACGUUCCAUUGUACCAUGAUUUCCAAAAGUAUUUCACUUCUCUUGAAUUCAGUAUGUUUCAGGUACUUGGAAGAUAAUGUCAGUGAUCAUGCAUGGAUUGGAGUGAGGGGUUCCAGUGGGGUGUAUGGCAGGGGCUUGCAAAAAUAAAGAGAAAACAAAAA